CCUAUUUAUAAUAAUCCGAAAGCAAAGUAUUUUUGCUUACCAACCGUUUUUUGUCGGUUUUCUACCGAAAAAUCUCUAUAGUCUUGAACAGAGCUUAACCCAAGGUUGUCAUUGGAUUCCUGUGUAUGAAAAUUGCUCGUUAAUUUACUUUUAAUUCGCGUUUCUGGUCAUGAGUGUUGAGGCAUCUGACGCGGAGCACAAUGCCGCGAAGGAGUUUAUAAAUAUGUUUGUGGAAAAGAACGGUAGCGUGGUGUACGAUGAUGUCGAAAGUUUACCUAAACGCUCGUCUUCACUGCAUUGUUCAAAGGAGGAGAUACAAGGAGAAUGCCUGUUUAUUGCUUUAGAAUAUUUGCGUGACAGGUAGGCGUAUGUAGUUUAAUAAGAACAGCUAUAGUUUAGUAUAAUGCUGUUGUGUGCUAUGCAAAUAGAAUUGCAAUUAAAUUUGAUUAUUUUGGUGUGUUUCAUUGCAAGUUUCUCAGUAAAGUUAGAUGUAAUUUAUCAGUAAUAUAUACAACUCUAUGUUCAGCAGAUUGCAGGGCAUGUAUGCACUUACGAGAAUGUUUUUGUUCAAUAUCUUUGCACACUUGAACAACUGUUUAUACUGCAGAACUAGUAUUUGUUACAUAUUUUAGCAAUUUUUAACAUUAAUUCACUAGCACACCAAUGGUGCACAAUUGAUAAACGUCAGCACACUUGCACACCUAAAUUUUAAUCUUGCACAACCGAUAUCUUGUCUUGAUAUGUAAAAGUGGAGGUCAUACUGUAUAGCAACUAAAAUUUUUACAUUUGUGAACAGUUUCACUUUGGGGGUAAUCCAUUUCCUGUUGAUCAUCACCAUUCCUUUAUUUGACUCAUCAUCAGUCUUAGCAUUCAACUAUCCAGAUGACUAGCUAGGAUAAUGCGAUGUUUACUGGCGGCAAUCAUUCUGGGAACAAAUCAUGUCUGAUAUUUUCAUGAUAUAACUUGAACCAUCUGUGCCAGUGUGGGUAGAGUGGCAAUACUGUAAUAACAAAGUUUCAGAUUGAUAGGGAUACAACUACCUGAAAAAUACAAGGAGAACUCCAACAUUUCAAGUAAAAGGUCCUUCGUCAGGAAGUGAGUAGCCAAUUACGUUGAAGCUCUCCUUGUAUUUUCCUGAUAGCUUGUAUAAUGAUGUAUUUAUACACAUAGUUGGACCACCUGUCAAUUUGAACUAGUCAAACACAAUUUCAUCUGACUGAUAGAAUUACACAGAUUGUACCUCUUGACAGAUGAUCUGCAUAUUUUCUGCUUUUAUGCAUGUUAUACAGAGAAAUUAUUAUUAUUAGAGAGCUGUAUUGAAGAGGUGUCUGUUUUAGAGCUGAAGUGUCCAUAUUAGAGUGGUGUCUGUAUUAGAGUGAUAUUAUUAGAGAGGUGCCUGUAUUCUAUAAGUGUUCAUAUUCGAGAAAUGUCUGUAUUGGAGAGGUUCAGAGGUAGAAUCUGCCCGAUUUUAAAGUAGAAUUGCUCGAUUUUUAAGUAUAAUCUGCCCAACUUAAAAAUGAUUUGGGGGAUGGCCACAGCCCCCCUCUCAUACACCUAUAGCAGGGUGUUAGCCAGGCGGCCGUCCGACCGUCCUAUGGACGGCCACUUCUGCAUUCGGAUGGCUAAAUUUUAAUGGACGGCCAUGGACGGCCAAAGGGAAUAUUUUCUUUAAAUAGCAAUUUACAAGCUUUGUAAUAUUUCUUGAAUACUUCGAAUUGUUGUCAUCUGCUCUUUACUUUACUUAUGGUAUAUGUUUUCGUACUUUUUCCCGUCGAAAACACAUUGAAUAUGGCUGAAUUGAAGUAUCAACAGACGCAUGUGGAUCGAAAAAUAAAAAGGUUCAACGAAUAGAAUACCACAAUUCCACAAGAACAAAAAAUUGCGGCCACGCCCAAAAACGUGUGACCACGCCCACAAAAAUGUGUGGCCACGCCCACAAAAUGAUUUUGGACGGCCACUUUUGAAAUCCUGGCUAACACCCUGACCUAUAGAGAGUAAAUAUAGAUCAAGCAUGGCCAGGUAAAGGCAUAAGCGACUGGUCAUAAGGUAAAAGGGGGGUGGGCUGGGAAAAAUAGGGGGGUGGGUCACUAUUUUUGAGCACGGUUGAAGGGGUGGGUCAUCGAAAGUUAAGUGCAAUCAUAAGGGUGGGCCAUGUAAAAAUAUGCAGAAGAUUGGGCCCCAGUGUGUUAAAAUUUCUGGGCAAAGAACAAGAUAUCUGUUUUUUUGGGCUAAGUACCGAAAUUUGGUAUGAAAAAUUAAGAUAAAGGGAGGGGAGGUUCUUGUCCGAAAAACAUUUUUUCCGGAAAAAAUUUGAAAAGGGGUGGGUCCUUAUUUUUUCAUCACCAAUUUAAGGGUGGGCUACAAAUUUUCGUGCAGCUAUUAAGGGGUGGGCUACCAAAAGUUCAGACACCAAAUAUAUGAUUUUCCCAGCCCCCCCCCUUUUACUUUAUGACCGGUCCCUAACAGAGGCAUAAUAGGCAUAGAGGUUUCUAUAUUAGAAACCGAUACUGGACAAUAUGCUGACUGUUUUAUUCUGAUUAUUUUUGUCAUAAGUGGUGCAUCAGAAAUAGUGGCAUCAACUGUGGCUCAUCGUGCGACAGUCAGAGCACUAGAGUCAGAUCUGUCCUCGUUUGAAGAAGAUGUCUCUGUAUUUGAUAAAAGACCAGAUUCGGACGAGGAAGAUGAAUCGAAAAUGGAUCGAAAAGUCAUUAAAGGUGAAUGUACAGUUUCAAAUGAUUUGUAUGUACAGUUUCAAAUGAUUUGUAUGUAGAUAGUGACAAUAACAGACAGCUAUGGUGUGAGAUAACGUCACUUGAAAUCUCUAAAUUCUGCCAUGUUUUGGACCAGUUUUCUCUACAUUGAAAGACAAAUUCUGUUCUUGUUUAGCAUAUAACUGUGGAAAGCUGGCAAUAACAACAGUGAACGCAGUUCACGAGGUCUGCAAGGAGUGGAAAUCAAACAUGCCCAAGCUGAUGAAAUCUAAAUACGUCUACGAGAUUUAUAUGCACUCUGAACAGAAUACGAGAAGACGAAUGGAAGACAAACAUAUAGUUUUAACUGAAUUUAAUAAUCUUUGUGGUUUAGAUAAGGUUAGUUUUGGUUAGACAAGGUUUUUUUUUAAUAUAAACUUUAUUUGAAUGUUUGCCCCCAAAGCCAAGCCUAUCAAGGGGGCUCACAUAUAUAUAUAAAAAAGGAUAUAUAAAAUUAUUUGCACAAAAUAACACACAUAUAUUUAAUACAGUACGAGGUAUAAAUAAACAAACAAAAUAAGACAGUGUUACAGAAAAGACAAGACACAUAAAUGUACAAAGCAUUGCUAGGAGAAAACGUUGGACAGCACAGAACAAUAAACAAUUUUCAUCAAAACUUAAUUGAACAGAACCGUUAAAUAAAAAUUCAAGUUUUCCAUUGUCGUUGCUCGUUAGCCAUGCUUUUCCACAAACUUGUGCAGCAGAGGUAAGAAGUUCAUUAUGUUGAGCAGCAAAACGAGGACAUAAUAAAAGAUAAUGUUUAACUGUUUCAUUUUUAUGGCAACAUAUACAUAAAGGAGAAUUACAACAAUUAAUUCUAUACAAAUAGUCAUAAAAACCUAAUCUUAGUCAUGUAUGUAAAACAGAUGCCUUCCUUGAUAAGGUUACUAACUUCCCGACAAAAGAUUGUCUGCUUAAGCUCACUAUUAACCCAUUGAGUUGCAUUGCACCCUAGUGUGCUUUACUUUAGUAUUUACUGUCUAAUGCCAGACAAUUUUACUUGUGAAUGGGAGAGCGCUGGCAGUCAAUGGGUUAACUCCAGAAAGCUGCGGAUUAAGAGGAAUUCAAGUACCUGAAAAAUACAAAGCAAAGGCCCUUUGUUGUUAGCUACUGACUUCCUAAUGAAAGAGUUCACUUGAAACAUUGAAGUUUUACUUGUAUUUUUCUGUUAGUCAAAUCCCUCUCAAUCCACAGCUUUCUGUGGCAUGAAAGACUCAUGAUCAACCACAAUGCAAUGCAUGCUUUUGUUUACGUUUUCAGUUACUUUCCUCAAUAGUUGCCGCCAUUUUCGAGGCCACAAAAAUGACUGCCUCUGGCCCACAACCAGCGUUGCCAACUGUAAUUUUGUAAAAAUCCCAAGUAAGCUCCCAAAAUAUCCUGAGAUUCCCUGAAAAAUCCCAAUAUUCCCACUUUUUACGUCAUUAUAAUUUAGGUGGUUUUCGCACCAAUUUCGGGUAAGAUAGCCUCGUACGUCAUGUUGCAAAAACGAAAUCUUGCAUCAAAUACGAGCGGACAAACCCUAGAUUUUUAGCAAAAUUGUUUAUUUACCAAAAAUUCAAUUUCUAAACUUCGAACUUCCCUCUCUCAAAAAUAAAAAUAAAUCCUGAGAUUGACUUUUCAAAAUAAAAAAAAAUAAAAAAUCCCAAGAUCUCUGGAUAAAAUCCCGGACUUGGCAACACUGCCCACAACGUAACAGAAACGUAAACCAACGCAUGCAUUGCAUUUUGAUUGAUCAUGACCCUUUAACAAUUAUACUACCAUUGCCUCACAGCACCCUAUCAAAACCCUGGGAUAUUGUCAUAUUAAUCAUACUGUGCAUACUUCAACAUUUUGUAGGACUUUCCAAGCCAGGCAUUCUUUGCAGUAUAUGAUGGGCAUGGUGGUAUUGAUUGCGCUUGUUACACGAUUGCUCACUUUCAUAACAACAUUGCAAAACAAAAGACGUUCUCUUCUGAUCUGGACGAUGCCUUGCGUAAAGCGUUUUUAACCACAGACAAAUUGUUCUUAGAAAAAGCCAAAAAUGAGGUAAAGUUACAGACAGUAUAAUGAUUGAAGUAUGUUAUCACUGUGCAUGUGUCUUCCACCUCUGUCACUGGAGUUUGAUCUUGGCAAUAUUUAGUUGUACGAUUAGCAAGGGUGGGUAGUAGCGAAGUAGUUGUAGUUCGCUACUGUAGCGAACUACAAUUUUCAAGUAGCCAGUAGUUUUUUACUACUUUUUUAAAACAGUAGCUGUAGUUAUAGCGAACUACAUUUUGCCUAAUAGUAGCCAAGUAGUUGACUACUUUUCAAACAGCGAAUCGCUAUUCGCUACUUUUUAAAAUCGUUAGCAACUUGAUAGAGUAGAAUGAUAUUGAGACACGGUUUGCUUAAAAUCAAUACUCAAUAGUCAAUUUGCACUCCUGAACACUGUAGUGCUUACAAAAAUGUUUUGUUGUGUUUACUGUUGCCACUCGUAAGUCGAUUUGUUAUAGGCUACAUUUCAGCCUGAGUUAGUAGAUGCUCCAAAUACAGUAAAACUAAACAAUAUAGCGUAGCGAAAUAGUCGCUACAUUUUUAAAGCAGUAGCUGUAGUCAGUAGCAAACUAUCUUUGUUCAAAAGUAGCAGCAGUAGUUGUAGCUGACUACAUAUUUUUGAAGUAGCUGUAGUUAUAGCGAACUACAAAAAUUUUGUAGUCAACCCACCCUUGACAAUUAGAGUCAUUCACAUGUGAGAAGGGCCUUCGCUUGAAACAUUGAAGUUCUUGUAUUAUUCAGGUAGUUGUAUCCCUAUCAAUCCGAAGCUUUCUUCCCAUUUGACUUUACCAAACACGACAGGUUUUCUCUAGUACUCUACUUUCCUCCUGUAGUAUUACACUGGAUCAACAAGAGAUGACUCUUACUGGACCUCUGGAGAGAAGAGUUUAGAACUGAUAGAGCUAUCCAGUAUAAAUAAAGUUAGUUUAGUUUAGGUUUUUUCCUGAGUAACACUGGAUCAAUAUUCAAUAAGAGAUGAUCCUUACUGGACCUCUAGGAAGAACAAUUUAGAAAUGAUUGAACUAUCCAGUAUAAAAUAAAAGUUUGUUCAGUUCGGGUUUCCUCCUGUGGUAACAAUGGAUCAAUAAGAGAUGAUCCUUACUGGAUCUGCGGGGAGAACAGUUUAGAACUGUUAGAGCUAUCCAGUAUAAAUAAAUUUAGUUCAGUUUAAUUAUAUGUUUUUCAAAGUGUGGAAUUUAGUUUUUUUACAAAAUACUUUUUAGAACUUGCGUGCUGGAACAACAAGUGUUGUAGCGUUGUUACGGGAUAAUACACUACACAUAGGUUGGUUAGGGGAUUCACAGAUAUCAAUGUGUAAACAGGGAAGAGCAGUGAAAUUGAUGGAACCUCAUAAACCCAAUAGAAAGGUAUGUUCUUUCAAUGUUUUCAUGUUUGUUGCAAUGGUUGAAAAUACUAUGUUAUUUAGCACUUCGUCUGUAGGGGAGGGCUUUCAUGUAGGCAUUGUAUAUGCCUUAGUGUCAGGGCUCAUUAAUAUUUUUUAAAGCCUGGAAUUCGUAACUUGAAAAUGCGCCUGCAAAAUGUCAAGAGCUAAAUAUUGUUAAAAUACCAGCAUUUUAAAAUGUGCUGCACGAAUUAAAAAGGUGCUUACGAGCGGCGCUGGUGCAUAUUAAUGACGUCUGCUGCACAGAAUAAGAAGGCACAGCAGAAAUGUAACUCAAGCAAGUAUUUGUCCGUGUUCUUACAAGCAAUUCGUCAUCAGUCACGCCAUCCUGGCUAGUACAACCGGCACUCAAUUGUACCUACCAAAACCUGAUAAAAACUUCCGGUUGUACUAGCCAGGAUGGCGUGAGCGAGUUAAAAUUUUCGUGGACGUAAAACAAUAAAGGAACCGACUCAAGUUACACUUCUGCUGUACCUUCCUAUUCUGUGUCUGCUGACUGUACUGAAAUAUUUUGUUUUACUGGCAGGAUGAAAGACAACGUAUUGAAGAAUUAGGUGGGUGUGUGAUAUGGAUAGGGGAUUGGAGAGUGAAUGGAAAUAUUGCCGUGUCAAGAUCUAUUGGAGAUAAAGACCACAAGCCGUAUGUUUCAGCUGACCCUGAUACACUAGAGUUUGAUCUUGAAGGUAAAUCAUAAACAACAGAUAGAGGUUUAUCUUUACAACAAUUGUGAUAUUACUUUCUUACAGUCAAACCGGAUGUUCUCUUGCAAGCAACAUUACAAUAUUGUCCCACAAUAUUGCAAUUUUGAUAGACAGAUUGCUCUAAGCAAUUUGCAACCGACGCGAACAAAUUGCAAGUUGAAAUUCACAAAAGAUUUGUAAACAACGUCUCUGAUUGGAGUAUUAGCAAAAAGGAAGCCAAUCAAAUAAUCUGAGCAACAGGGUUGGUGCUUCCCUCUCUCUUAUAGCCCAAUCAGAGGCUUUGUUUACAAAUCUUUUGUGAAUUUCAACUUGCAAUUUGUUCGCGCCGGUUGCAAAUUGCUCAGAUCAAUCUCCCUAUCAAAAUUGCAAUAUUGUGGGACAAUAUUGCAAUGUUGCUUGCAAGAGAACAUCCAGUUUGACUGUAACUGUGUUUAUCCUAACCCACCCUGUCAACUUUCCCUGUGGUCGGAAACCGGAGCACCCGGAGAAAACCCACGACUUUCGCCAGAGCGUUGACUCACUCUUUUCACAUGAGUCCAUAGCAUGGUCUUAGCUAGGAUUUUAGAUCUUGGGCGUGUUUCUAAUGACCAGGGUGUGCACAUGUGAAUUACCUUGAAUAGCAAAAUCACGGUUCUAGUUAUGCUCGCCAACAACAAUGCCUGUGGUUGUUCUACGCUUUGCAACCAAAUACAAGGCGAGCAUACGCUCAUAUUGCGCACUGACAUUAAAAUAUUAAGUUAUUUCAGCGACUCUUGGGGGUAUUUAAAAACCAUUUUUCAUACAGUUCCCAUUAUCCAUUAAAACAUCACAGAUCACUUUUGCCAAUUCAACAACAACAGUAGAUUUUACAAACUUUUUUACGACGUGAAUAGCAUAGUAAGUAGCACCACCUUAUUUUAUGAACCUACACGGCCUUAUAUGAAAGUGAAGCCGCGUUCAUCUUAUAUAGCCGUGUUUUCCCACUUUUGGCCGCGAUAACACGGCCAACACGGCCCUCUAGCUAAGACCCUGGUCCAUAGCGGGAAUCAAACCCACGAUCUCAGAAGUGAAAGGCGUUUGCUCGGAUGACCACGCCACUGAAGCCGAUUUUCCAAAGUGUUGAUGCUGACAGAGCAAGAAAAUGAAACUACAGUCAAACCUCUAUUAAGCGGCCUUCCAUUGAGCGGCCACCCUCUAUUAAACGGCCACAUAUCGAAGUCCCGAAAUUUUUGUAAUACAAAUACAGUAUAAACUGUCCCUCUAUUAAACGGCCGCGGCCACCCAAAGAGCGGUCCCAAAUGAUGUUUUAUGUCAAUUUUUACCUCUAUUAAACGGCCGGCCUGCAGAAUUUUCUUGGCGCAACACCUUGUCAAGAGAGCCGCAAAUAAAAGUCGAGCUAAUUUGCUUUAUAUGUAAAAUAAUGCUUAAAAAUUAUGUUUUAACACAUGCCAUUUUACACCUCAAAAGCAUUGUCUGUAGUAAAAGUGUCAGUGUUUGGCGGCCUGAUAUUUCUAAAGUCUUUACUCACUAUUGUAUUCUGUGAUUUAUAAUUAAAAAUAGACAUUUGACUGCGCCCAGGGUCUAUUAUUUGCGUACUUCUAUUUAGCGGCCACCUCUAUUAAGCGGCCACAAAGCCGAUCCCCGAGGGUGGCAGCUUAAUAGAGGUUUGACUGUAGUUUCAAUUCUAUUUAUUUGCCUCCAAAUACAAGACUACUACAUACUGUAUGAUGAAAAUAAUAACAUUUUCUCACUCUGAUAACUGCAGGUUCACCACCAUCUAAUAACCUAUCAAUUAUUUUAGGUGAUGAAGAAUACCUUAUCUUAGGUUGUGAUGGAUUAUGGGAUACUAUUCAGCCUCCUAACGUCAUUGAGAUGGUUCAAGAGCAUUUAGCCGGUGGUGGGGCCCGUUCGCAGGUCGCUAAAUUUCUCGUCGAACGCGCGAUAGCUCACGGCUCCACGGACAAUAUCACUGUGGUUGUCGUGUUCUUAGAUUGUCAUAGAACUGAGAAAGAUCCAGAGACCUCAAUGGACGUGGGUGAAGUAGAAGGAACUGGGGAUGAGAAAGUUCCAGAGACUCCAGCGGCCGAGGGUACGGCAAAAGAGACUGGAGACGAGAAAGCUCCAGAGACUGCCGCGGCCGAGGGUGCAACAAAAGAGACUGGAGACGAAAAAACUGAAGCUGUACCAUAGAAUUAAGGUGGUUGCUGCAUAGAUAAUAGAAAAAGACCAGAGUGUAACAAUAGCCGGAAAAACUGAGAUCCCUAAACAUUUCUAGUGAUUCAUUUUACCACCAAUGGCUUGAUUAUAGAGAGAUAGCCCCCGUUCCAACUAACGGAUAGCGUCAUUUUCGUUGUUUUUCAAUUUUCAUCGAUGUUGGUAUGUUUUACUCGCCGUCCGUGCUCUUUCGCAAUACACUUUUUGCAAUCUCGUGCAAAAAUAAUGAGACUUUUGAUAUUUCGUUCUAUUUCCGUGAUUACUUCCCCCCCCCCUCCCCUCCCUCUAUACAUUGUUGAAAAAAAUUUGACCUGACAAUAUACCUUACUCCUUAGUGUAUCAUUUGUCCAACAUUGUUUGUGAGAGGAGGGGGAGCAGUGACAUAGUUGUCUGUUGACAUAGGCCAUCGCGAAGAUAUGAUGGGACGAUACUUUUCGCAACUGCCCUGGCGAGGGAAGACCCCAAAAAUAGCUCACACUGGCCCGCGUUGGAAAAGCUAAUUAUGUCAACACAAGCGAGAAUUACAGAACAAAUGAUGCUAUCCGUACCAGGGGGAAAUCGGAACCUCUGUAUCUUAAACUCUCAAAUCUAAGAGACAAUUAAAUUGCUAGUCGAUCAGUUAGUUUUAAUUCCAUUAAAUUAUACAAAUGUUUUUUUACUAAAUUUUCAAUAAUUGCCCUGAUUGUAGAGAACAUUUCUGUGGUGUAAAUAACGAAACAUAACUUUAGUGGAAAAAAACUCAAAAGAUCUUGUAAAUAUAUAGUAGACAAGUAGCCUUAGUAAGUCAUUAAAUUUUGCUCGAAGUAUUUUUAGAAAACUUGCGUGUUUUUCAUGUAUCAAUUUUUGUACACUUUCCAUAAUCGCAGGUUUCCUGCCAGAGGGCAGAGGGC